AUGCCACCAAGACGCAGACGUGGCCCACAAGUGGAGAACGACAUGGAGGAACAAUCAGAGGGAAGUGUCGGGAAUCAACCCCCUCCUCCACCACCACCCCCACCUCAACCUCAAGAGAGAGAAUACAUUAAGGCCUUCCGAAAGGAAAACCCUCCAAAGUUUGACGGACUGGGAGAGCCCCCGAAGGCAGAGGCUUGGAUACGCGACCUCGAGCGUAUAUUUGACUUCAUGGGAUGCACCGAUAGGGAACGUCUAGCUUGCGUGAUGUAUCAACUGACUGGACCGGCCGAUUUUUGGUGGGAAACUAAACGACGAACUAUGAACCCUGCCCGCCACGAGGCGCUCACAUGGGAAGAAUUCAAGGAAGAGGUGUACGACAAGUACAUUCCCAUGAGCUAUAGACGGGCGAAGAUAGUGGAGUUCCACACCCUGAAACAGGGAAACAUGACAGUGACGGAGUACGACCGUGGUCUUUGUGAAAUGACCCGAUAUGCGCCCGAGUUAGUGGACACCGAUGAGAAGAUGGCCGCAAAAUUCCAUGUGGAAGAAGCACUACCAAAGGACAAGACGACGGCGAAUCCUACACCACCAACACCUCAACCGAACUAUCGAGACAAGAGGAAGUGGGAAGACAACCGAACUCCUUAUGACAACAAGCGACACCGUUCUACUUUCCGCCAGACGCAAGACUAUGACCGGCAAGCCAUGCCACAGCCGAGAGGGAAUCAACAGAAGGCACCCCACUGCAACCGGUGCUCCAAGUACCACUUUGGCGAGUGUAGAGCUGGAGGCAUCCGAUGCUUCACUUGUGGUGGAAAUGGACAUAUGUCUCUAGAGUGCCCGAAUAACAACAAAGGAGGAAUGUGGAAUAGGCAGGGACAUGGGGAACAACAGCAACAACCACAACCCAUUCGACAGGUGGCCCCACAGCAAGCGAGAGCGUACGCGCUGAAAGGAAAUGAAGGGCAUGAACAGCAAACCGACAAGGACUGA